UUUGUCUCCCAGGCCACAACUCAACUCGGUUGGACUCAGUUUUGGGUGCACUAGCUAAAGCUCAGCAGAAGCCUCAUCUGACUUUUUCACUAAAAAAAUCCCCAAAUUUUCCUUUAUCAUAAAUCACAACGAAGCCGAAGAUUUCCCAUGGCUUUCCCAAGCGCAAUCUUCAUCUUCGUCACUCUAAUCUCCCUCCCAACUUCUUUAUUCGCCAUAGCCGACGACGAAAAGCUAUCAGCGUACCAAGCUCUUCAACAGUACGACUUCCCAGUAGGCAUCCUUCCCACCGGCAUGAUCGGGUACGAUUUGAACAGAGAGACAGGCGAGUUUUCAGCUUAUUUGAGCGGAACCUGCAACUUCGACAUUGAUUCGUACGAACUCAGUUACAAAUCCACCAUACAAGGAGUGAUCUCCCCGGGAAGGAUCAGAAACUUGAAGGGUGUGAGCGUUAAGGUUCUCUUCUUCUGGGUUAACAUCAUCGAAGUGAUACAUGAUGGUGACGAGAUGAAAUUCUCCGUUGGGCUGGCUUCGGCGAGCUUCCCUGUUGACAACUUUUAUGAGUCUCCACAGUGUGGUUGCGGAUUCGACUGCAAUCACUUGGAUGCUUUGGUUUCUUCUUCUUAGGUAAGUGCUGAUAUAGUCACUAGAUUAUUCAUGAUUAGUACUCAUUUUAGGUGCUGUUAAUGCAUGCUUUGGGGUUUCCAAAAUUCUUGGGAAAUCUGUAUGGGUAUUAACUUGGUUAGUUUGAUAUGUAUCUUAUUAACACUAUCAUUUAGAGUAAACUACACAAAUGGUCCUUGAUUA